GACGCUGGAUGUCACCUCGGCGAUGGCAGGAGCAGCCACCUGUGUGUCACCUCUCCCUGACCUGGGCAGCUCGGUGUUCCCCCAAGAGUCCGAAUGUGCCCACGUGCAGGUGACAGCCAAGCUGAAAAAGCCCCUGGCCAACUUUGCCUUGUGCCUCAAGUCCUACACCCACCUCACCCGGCCCUCCAGCCUCUUCUCCUACGCCACCGAAACGCAGAGCAACGAGAUCCUCCUCUUCAAGCCCAAACCUGGCCAGUACGACUUCAACGUGGGCAACCAGUUCUUGUCCUUCACGGUGCCUGAAGUUCUCGGGGAGGUCGAGCACGUCUGUGUCAGCUGGGAAUCCUCCACGGGCAUCGUCAGCUUCUGGCUCAACGGGAAGCGCUGGCCCAGGAAGGGGCUGCAGAAGGGCUACACGGUGGGAGGGCCGGCAUCCAUCGUGCUGGGGCAGGAGCAGGACAGCUUCGGGGGUGGUUUCGAUGCCAAGCAGUCCUUCCUGGGGGAGAUUUCAUCCGUGUACAUGUGGGACACGGGGAUCUCCACCUUGGAGGCGGUGUGGGCCAUGUAUGACACACCUGGUGAAACCCCCGUCUUUGGCUGGAAGAAUUUCCCCUGCAAGAUCGUGGGCGAGGUGCACCUGAAUCCCUGAGGUUGUGGGGGGUGCCCCCCGUCCCUGCAGUGUAACCCCCUCCCCCAAAGCCACCCAACACUGCAUAAAUGGAGAAAUGUGGUUUUAGGGUUCUGGUGGUCUUUAGGGGUGUGGGAAUUGUGAUGGAUCCAGGCUCAGAAGCUCCCUAGGGUGAGGAGGGAAUAGGGGAAAGAAUGCCCAGGCCAGAGCCUUGCUCUGGUUUGGAGACAUGGGGCUGAGCUGGGGACAGUCCUGGGGGGGUUUGUGCACCCCUGGCAGCCCCCAGGCAUGGUGGGGCUGGGGUUGGGGCAGAACUCAGGGGGCCAGGACUGUUGGGGGGCAGCCCUGGGACAACCCAGUGUCCCCAAGCUUGGGCAGGUUCAGUCCCAUGUCCCAGAGCCCUGGGGGUGCAGUUCUGGAGCCCUUGGGGGGGUUCAGGCCAGGGGUGCAGCUCUGUAUCCUGGGGGUUCAGCCCUACAGCCCCGUGUCCCACACAGAUCCGGAGGGUCCAGCCCUGGAGUCCCGAGGUGUUCAGUCCCAGAGCCCCGGGUGGCAAUCCCGUAUCCCGGGGGCCUCAGUCCCGGAGCCCCGGGGGGCUCAGCUCCCUGUCGCGGGGGAUUCAGCCCCCCAUUCCUGCAGACCCCUGCCCCGGGGGGUUCCAGCUCGCUGUCCCGGAGGUUCAGCCCCGUGUCCCACAGCCAAGCAGCCGCGGGUCCCUCCCUUGUCCCCCCGACACCGACCCGACCUCCGCCGUGUCCCCUUUGUCCCCUGUGUCACCCCCGCGCCGCCUCCGACUCUCGCUGUGGCCUCUCCCGGCCCCGCUCCGGUUCCGCUCCCCCUCAGCUCCGGCCCGGCUUCGCCUCACUCCGCCUCAGCCCGGGCCCCGUUCCGGCCCAGCUCCGCCUCAGCUCGGGCGCAACUCCGGCCCCGCUCCUCCUCAGCUCCGGCCACACUCCGCCUC